CUAUACACAUCACUAGAAUUCAAAUGUGUAAAAAUUUUUCAAUGGAAUCCUGUUAAAAAUCAAGGAUAUAGGCCUAAACUAACAUUUUAGUAUUAUAGGGUAAUUUGUUACUAUGCACCCUGGUUCCCUUCUCAAUUUAAUAGUUUGUUGUUGAGUUAUUUUUUAAUUUAGUGAUUUCAUCUUACACAUUCAUUAAAAAUCAACAUGGGUAAAACAAGAACACCUUUAUGCGGAUUUCGUCGCAGAAACAAGCAGAAGGAAUCCUUCGAAAAUAACAACAUGGAAAACACAAACCAAGAAAAUGACGACGAACUCAACGUAGGAAAUGAAAACCUAAAUUAUGAAAAUUAUAAUAAUAAUUAUGGAGAAAAUAACAAUGAAAAUAAUGAAAAUAACAACAAUUAUGAGAAUUUCGAAAACAACAAUGACCAACACAUGGAUGUCGACUCAGGUGAAAAUCUUUUGAACCUAGAAAACGAAAACUUCGACUACAAUGGAAACGGUAAUGAAACAGUCAACAAUGAGGAUUCUGAGACCCUUAAUAACCUUUUGGGUAAGAUGGAAAACGAAGAAGUUGACUUGGAAAACAUCAAGAACCUAUCACUUACAAUGGACAACAACACAGAACUCACAAACCUACAGUCAUUUGUAUCAAAUAAGCUUACCGAAUUACUGAAAAAGACAAGUUUGGGAGAAAAAUGCGUGAACUCCUUGGCACCACUUUGCACAGGCCAUGAACAUGGACCCUUGGAUAAACUCCUCAGCCUGGGAAAUGGAUGCCUACAUGAAAACCAUAACACACUCAACAACAAUGAGUUUCAAGUACCAGAAAAGGAGGAAUACAGAGACCCACCCACUUUACCAUCUGGCAUCAAGUUUGUUGAUGACUUUAACAAACUACUUGACAGCUGGGCUGAUCAACCAUCGCAAGGCAACAAUAAUUACACUGCCAACUUGUUCAAGCUAUUCAACUUAUCGGCACUCUUGAAACACUUGGGAGACCCGCGCUACGUAGAAAUUUUGAACAAAUUAGGAGUUAACAACUUGCUCAACUACCCAGACACCAAUAAGAAAUGGGACCAAAUUCUUCUCAACUGUGAAAACACAAAUGAGAAAAUGGAGUACGCUAAACACCCACUACCUGACUUACCAAAUCCCAAAGCUGUUUCAAAUUGUAAUACUAAGUUGGUUGAUUUACCAGAGCUGGAUAACAACAACGUUGAUGAACAUGCCUUCAAACUCUACUGGGCAUAUACCAACACUUGGCUCAACAAGAUGUUUGGCCCAUCACUUCGCAACUCACACAAAUUCGUACAACCUACUAAAAAUUGGUACAUGAACAUGGAACGGGCUUCCCAGUUAUUCUUUUUAAGACUCUCAAAGACGCUUUGCUCUACUUAAUUUAACAUCAAAUAAUCUCCUACUCUUAUCCA